GCAGAAGAAUGAAGUCGAUAUUGAUAACCGGGUGCAACCGCGGCCUGGGACUGGGACUGGUCAGAGCGUUGACCAAAGACCCGGCCGGUCCCCAGACCAUAGUGGCAACGUGUCGUGACUUCGACAGGUCCAAGGAAUUGUUGGAGCUGUGCAAAAAUAAUCAAAAUCUGCACGUCUUGCAACUUGAUGUAAGGAAUGCGGACACGUUCGAGAAGUUCGCCGACGACGUUAAGAACGUCGUCCAAGACGGCGGACUCAAUGUUUUAUUCAACAACGCCGGUUAUUCACCGAAGUCGACCCGAAUCAAUUUCGUCAAGGCUGAACAUCUGAUGGAGUCCUUCGCCGUGAACACCGUCGGCCCUAUAAUGCUGACCAAGGCCUUGCUACCCUUACUGAAACAAGCAUCGACUGCGAAUUGUGAUAAACCCGUCGGUAGUGGAAGAGCUGCCGUCAUCAACAUGUCUUCCGUGUUGGGUUCCAUAGCUCUCAACACCGAUGGUGGGUUAUACCCAUACAGGUGUUCGAAGGCUGCUGUUAAUAUGGCGACGAAAUCCCUAAGCUCAGAUCUUAAAAACGACGGCAUAUUGGUCACGUCUUUACAUCCGGGUUGGGUGCAAACCGACAUGGGUGGCUCCAACGCCCCCAUGACCAUUGACGCCAGCGUCACACAAAUCGUCCAACUGAUCAAAAACCUGAACGAAAAGCACAACGGCUCAUUCUAUCAGUUCGACGGCAAACAAUUAGAAUGGUGAAAAUAAAGGAACUCAGAAACUU